AUGCUAGAGCAUGAGGCAGGAGCAGACAUGCGACUGGUCCGUCAGAUCAACACAGGUAUGAAGAUCCAGGCCGGGGGCGAGCACAUGGGCUGCAGCAAGGUCGGGGAAAAUCAGGAAAACCAGGUCAUCUGUUUGCAAGACGAGGUGGUGCGGGUUUGUCCGGGAAGUCCGCGCAGUCCUCGCCGCGCCAUCGCGACGCGCCUCUCAUCCGGAUCCGCAGACCGUGAGCCCAGCAGCAGCAGCUACAAUGUCUCUUCAGGAACCUUCUACAGCUGCGUCAGUCAAAUCACCAUUGGAUUUGAUCUUGGGGGUCAAGUGGCUAUUGGGUUCUCCCACUGGAAGAGUCCUUUCCCAGGGAGCGGUCAGAAUCUUCCCAGUCCGGACUGCGUUCACUCAGAGGCCUCCGCCGUCCCGCCCAUCAGUGAGCAUCUCGAGCCAGUGUCCUGCCCGGCGUCGCUUUCAAUCACCCCUCUGCCCACCUGCAGUGCGAGUCAGGAGACGCUCUGCGACAGCAGCACCAGUGUGAGUUUAUCUCUACAUGGGUCUGAGCCCCAGCGGCAGAGCCCCCAUCGACGCAGAGUCCCGCUGCAGCCCUCGGCCUCCGGCUACCAGGCAGCGGACAGACCUCUUGCUUUCCCCUCCUGUGGGAAGGCAGACGUCAUGGAGGAAUCCUCAGCUGAAGCUCCACACUCCAGCUCUCAAGAUGACGUGCCUCCCCUCGCUGUGAAGGAUGUUAAUGUGUUGCUCGAGAGGGAAAGGUCAGAGGGCGUCAGCAGCCCAUCCAGAGACGAUGACUCCACCCUGCUGAACCCCGGCACACACAGUAGCAUCCUUGACGACAACACAAAGUCCGAUUCUGGUCCCCAAGAGGGGAGGACUAAGUCCAGCAGCCUUUGCUUCAGCGAUGGGAAGAGCCGCAUUGACUACAUCUUGGUGUACAGGAAGUCCAGCUCACAGUCAGAGAAGAGGGAGGUAUUUGAGCGAAAUAUACGCGCUGAGGGUUUACAAAUGGAAAAGGAGGGUUCCUUGACUAAUAGUGACGUGAUCUUUCUGAAGCUUCAUGCACCAUGGGAUGUCCUGUGUCGCUACGCAGAGCUCAUGAACAUUCGCAUGCCUUUUAGGAGGAAAAUCUUUUACAUGCACCGACGGCACAAGUUCAUGAGCAGGAUGGAGAAGCGCAUCAACAAAUUUCGUGGCUGGCUUCCCCGCAAGCCCAUGAAGUUUGACAACAACACUCUGCCCGACCUGGAAGAGAACGAGAGCUUUACCGCCCCCUUCAGUCGAUCGAGGAUACAUCAUUUCAUCAUCCACAACAAAGACACUUUUUUCAACAACGCCACCAGAAGUCGCAUCGUUCAUCACAUCCUCCAGCGGGUCAAGUAUGAGGAGGGUAAAAAUAAGAUGGGGCUUAAUCGUCUUUUGAGCAAUAAUUCAUAUGAAGCAGCUUUCCCUCUUCAUGAGGGGAGCUAUCAUAGCAAAAACUCCAUCAGAACGCAUGGAGCGGAGAACCAUCGGCACCUGCUGUACGAGUGUUGGGCCUGGUGGGGGGUUUGGUACAAGUACCAACCACUGGACCUCAUCAGGAGGUAUUUUGGGGAGAAGAUCGGCCUGUACUUCGCCUGGCUCGGCUGGUACACAGGAAUGCUGUUUCCUGCUGCCCUGGUCGGCCUCCUGGUAUUUCUGUACGGUAUCUUCACUUUGGACCACUGCCAGGUCAGCAAAGAAAUCUGCCAGGCCACUGACAUCAUCAUGUGCCCCAUCUGUGACCAGUACUGCCCCUACCUGAGACUGUCUGACAGCUGUAUCUACGCCAAGGUCACACAUCUUUUCGACAAUGGGGCAACUGUUUUCUUUGCUGUAUUCAUGGCUGUAUGGGCAACGGUCUUCCUGGAGUUCUGGAAAAGACGCAGAGCCGUCCUCGCAUACGACUGGGACCUCAUUGACUGGGAGGAAGAGGAGGAGGAAAUACGCCCUCAGUUCGAGGCCAAAUACUCCAAGAAGGAGAGGAUGAACCCCAUAUCUGGAAAGCCUGAGCCUUACCAAGCCUUCUCCGACAAAUACAGUCGCCUCGUCGUCUCAGCAUCUGGAAUCUUCUUCAUGAUUCUGGUGGUGAUUGCCGCUGUGUUUGGCAUCGUCAUUUACCGCGUGAUCACCGUCAGCACUUUUGCGGCCUUCGGCUGGGCUCUCAUCAGGAACAACUCUCAGGUGGCGACCACGGGUACGGCAGUCUGCAUCAACUUCUGCAUCAUCAUGCUUCUCAACGUGCUCUAUGAAAAAGUUGCUCUUCUUCUCACUAAUUUAGAGCAGCCAAGGACAGAGUCAGAGUGGGAGAACAGCUUUACUCUCAAGAUGUUCCUUUUCCAGUUUGUCAACCUCAACAGUUCAACUUUCUACAUCGCCUUCUUCUUGGGAAGAUUUACAGGCCGUCCUGGUGCAUAUCUACGCCUCAUCAAUCGCUGGAAACUGGAAGAAUGCCACCCCAGUGGCUGUCUCAUUGACCUCUGUAUGCAGAUGGGGAUCAUCAUGGUGCUAAAACAGACUUGGAACAACUUUAUGGAGCUCGGCUACCCGCUGAUCCAGAACUGGUGGACUCGGCGGAGGCUGAGGAGAGAGCAUGGACAGAACGCCAAGGCCAGCUUCCCACAGUGGGAGAGGGAUUACAACCUGCAGCCAAUGAAUGCCUAUGGGCUCUUCGAUGAAUACUUAAAGAUGAUUUUACAGUUCGGCUUCACCACCAUCUUUGUGGCAGCUUUCCCUCUGGCUCCUCUCUUAGCGCUGCUCAACAACAUCAUUGAGAUUCGUUUAGACGCCUACAAGUUUGUCACACAGUGGCGGCGGCCUCUGCCAUCACAAGCCAAAGACAUAGGGAUCUGGUAUGGCAUUCUGGAAGGCAUUGGCAUCUUGUCUGUCAUCACCAACGCCUUUGUCAUUGCUGUUACCUCAGACUUCAUCCCUCGCCUUGUUUAUGCCUACAAGUACGGACCUUGUGCUGGUCAGGGCCGAGCAGGGGAGGGGUGUAUGAUGGGCUACGUCAACGCCAGCCUCUCAGUAUUCCGGGUGUCUGACUUUGAGAGGAGAUCGCAGCCGACGACUAAUGGCUCAAAGCUUUUUGGAGAAGCGGUGAAGUAUUGCAGGUAUCGUGACUACAGGGAGCCUCCAGAUUCUGCUGAGCCUUACUCAUACACUCUACAGUUCUGGCACGUCCUGGCAGCUCGACUGGCAUUCAUUAUUGUCUUUGAGCACAUGGUCUUUGCCAUCAAGACCCUGAUCGCAUACCUGAUCCCAGACCUUCCCAAGGACCUGCGGGACCGAAUGCGCAGGGAGAAAUACCUGAUCCAGGAGAUGAUGUAUGAGGCUGAGCUGGAGCGCCUCCAGAAGGAGAAAAAUGAGAAGAAGAAGAAAGACAGGGCCCAUCACAAGGAAUGGCCCUGAACACACCAACUGGUUGUCCGCUGGUGUUUGGUUUUCACUGCACAGUAAAGGAAAGAGAGGAGUGCUGGAUUUCCUGCAUGAUUCUGGACCCUCAUACUUUCCCCAUGCCAUGUCAGACCAGCACCUCCAAGUGGACAGUUGAGUAACUGCACCCAGCAGGGUCACAGUGAUCAUGGAGCUCCUGGGUCUGCACCAUGUUGGAUGUCCUCUUGAACAUUUGGCAGCAGGUUUUGCUACCUUGUUUUGUUUUGUUUUGUUUUGUUUUGUUUUGUUUUUUUCUCCAGAUAGCUUUCUGCCACUCUGGACUCUCAACAGCGUAUGUCUUCAGAUCCUGAAUGUAGAUUUCAAGCAAGACUCAACUUUUACAGAUUUCUUGUUUUAGAUGAGAGAAUAUAACUCCUGAGCUUACUGAAUGACAAACCCUGUUUACAUUUCUCCUUGUUUGAGGAGAUCACAUUUUUGCUUUAUUGUAAAUAAAGAUAUUUAAAUGAAUGUCAGGCCUUCUGCUCUGCUAUAGUGUAGUGCAAUAAAAAUAAAAGUUACUUAAAAGUCUAUUCUAUCCAAGCUGUGGCAGAGUCCACAGU